CUCUCUCUCUCUGUUUUUCUCUCCAUUUGGAGCUCCUGGAUUCUCUGGUGAGGUCUUCAGCUUUGGCUCUUCUGUGAUAUUUGACGGACACAUCCAGGACUGUAUCAGGAUGAACUCCACAUUAACGGCCACACAGAGCGCUGAAAAAGAGUUUGAGGAGCAACACAAGACAAACUGACACAGAUUCAGAGCGAGAGAGAGAGAAAGAGCGUGAGAGAGGAGAAGGGAUUUCUUUUCGAGAGGGAUUCCCCCACCCAGGGAAAACGGAGGUGUGCUGGCAAACUGUCGCAGUCAUGAACAGAAGCUGGAGAUAAAGAUGACAUCUGGAAGCAGCUGAAGCUGUCAGGCUUCAUGUCUCCAUCCUCCCCUGAGGGAGGACAAGAAGAUGAGUGUCACCAGUCAUCACUCCUUCAACAUCCUGACCAUCAUCUUUCUCAUUCUGUGUACUACAGCUCUCUCUGCUCACUUUCGGGUGUGUGAGCCUUACACCGACCACAAAGGGCGCUACCACUUUGGAUUCCACUGUCCUCGUCUCGCGGACAACAAGACGUACAUGUUCUGCUGUCACCAUAACAACACUGCCUUCAAGUACUGCUGCAACGACACCGAGUUUCAAACAGUCAUGCAGGUCAACCUGACCACGUCUCCCGAUGGCUACGCUCACAAUAAUUACUCUGCAUUAAUCGGCGUGUGGAUCUACGGGUUCUUCGUCAUGGUGCUGCUAGCACUUGAUUUUCUGUACUACUCGGCCAUGAACUAUGAGGUGUGCCGAGUUUAUCUGGAGAAGUGCGGGUUGGGCGGUCGCUGGCUGAAACAGGCCCGCGGUCAGUGGCACGGCGACGGACAGGAGGACAGGGACGGACGGCCCGCUCAGCCCGCGGCCCCGUCAGAACCUCAAGAGCAACAUCAUGAACACAGCUGCAGUCAGAUCAGACACAGCCUGACGGGAGACAUACAGAGCCCAGCACAGACCGCACACAAUACCACAACAGCCUGAGACUGACCAAAUGUAAGGACCAACUGUUGGAGUCCCCCGGUGAGGAAGUGCAUUAUGGGAAACGUACUACAUGCCCCUGCCACAUGGACCUACAUGUCACAGGAGCCCGUUUGCCCCAAGUCUCUCGAUGUGGUCCAAAAUCUCACAGAGCACAACCUUCAACCCCUCGACUAACCCAGAACCUCAAGUCUGAACCCACUGGAAAUGGUCCAGUGGUGGAACGAGAGAUUCUGAAGAACGGCUGUGCCGAGGUUCGUGAAACUCCGGAACCAGACUUCGGACUGAACUGGACUUCGAUGGACACAGAACUCACCCAGGACGUCUUUGGAGGACCUAUGUAGCCGUUUCUGCACCAUUUUGUGAGCUCUUUUGGAUUAAACUCUCUGUGACUGUGCGGUGUUGGUUUAUUUAUUUGUAGUCAGGGAAAACGUUGAGUGAUGAAUGAAGACCUCAAACAUCAUUUAAAAGAUCCAAGCAACACUCUCAUGACUCAGUACUAGAAGUUAAAUGACCUUUUUGCAGUAAAUAUCAAAACUCACAUGUCAUGAUUGGUUUUGCAGUGAAGAUGUGAAAUGAAAUAUUACGGUGAAUGUCUGUUUUUGACUACUGUUGUGAUUUGACAUAUUCUCAUCUGUAAGGAUCAGUGAGGUAGCAAAUUGUGUUAAAUUGCAUUUUUUAUUCCCAUCAUAGAGUUCAUUGUGUAUGUCUGUCACGUUGUUUCUGAGGCCUCUGAAGAGGUUUUGUUCAGCGGUACGCACUCUAUUAUUGAUAUUGAUCGGUUGAGUUCAUUUAGACUUUAGUUUCUGAGUGAAAUGGCAAAAUAAAAACAUGAUUAUACACUCCUUUGAAGAUGACAAAGCAGACAGUCACACACUUACAGAAAGGACAGCAAAACGGAAACUUUUUAAAAUGACCUUUGUUUACCUUGGUUUUGUAAGGCAUUACCCAGCUAACAAGAAUACGUUCUAAGAAUGUUUUGCUAAUGUUAUUAAGCGUUACUUCUGCAUGUUCGUUGAACAUUCAAAAUUUUUUUGCUAUGUGAACAUUAAGAGAGUAAUCACACAGAACACGUCUAGAAACGCGAGACAUAGUGCUCAGGAAUGGUUUUUUAAAAAACACAGUGCAGGAUGCCUCCUCCACCAUGUUGCCAUCAAAUAAAACAGUUGCCAUGCCAACUUGAUACAAAAGCUAAACAAAAGCUUGCAGUGCUUGCUCCACCUCCAGGGUCUUCUGAUUGGUCCACUGUUUUGGACCUGACAUUCAUGAGCGCUGCAUGUAAAAAUUCUUUUAGCUUGAAACAGUGUCUUAAAAACGUGGUAUUUGUGCGAGACACUGCAAUAGAGUGCAAUGUUCAUACAUAUCCGUGGGCUCUGUGCACUGAAUUUGCUAUAGGACUGUAUUUGUAUAGACGUGUUAGGGGAACGCUACUUUUGGAUGUUCUUUGCAACGUUCUGAAAUGUGUAGUAACAUAAAAAACUGGACAAAGCGUCUUACAAACGCGCCGCUCAUGUGCGAGACGCUGCAAAAGAUGCAAGUACAAUACUCAUACACAACUGUCUAAUACAUUUACACAGAAAAACAAUGGAAAAUAGUGAAUUGGAAUGGAAAAACACGUUCUGUGUGAAUGGCCCUUUAAGGGAACAUUCCAUUUUAUAAUUUUCCAAACAUUAUGGGAACGUUAUUUUUAAAUGUUCUCUGAACAUUCUGAAACUUGUAGUAACAUUUUUUAAAAAUUAUACGGCGUCUUAAAAAUGCACCUCUCAUGUACGAGAUGCUGCAAAAGACACAAGUGCAACACCUAUACACGUCUGUCUAACGUGUUUACAUAGAAAAACUAUGAAAAGUAGCCUGCAGGAAUGGAAAAAUGUGUUCUUUGUGAACGGCCCCUUAAUGAAACAUUCCAUUUUAUAAUUUUCCAAACAUUAUGGGCACGUUACUUUUGAAUGAUCUCUGAAUGUUCUGAAACAUUUUUAAAACAUUUUUAAAAAAUGCGUCAUUUAAAAAAAAUGAUAUGGUGUCUUAAAAAUGUGUCGCUCAUGUGCGAGAUGCUGCAAAAGAAGUGAGUGCAAUGAUCAUAUGUCCAUCUAACAUCUAACAUUUUACAUAAAAAAAAACAAUGGAAAGUAGCGCAUUGGAACGGAAAAACGCAUUCUUAGUAAAAGGCCCUUUAAGGGAACAUUCCAUUUUAUAAUUUUCCAAACAUUAUGGAAUCAUUACUUUUAAAUGUUCUCUGAACAUUUUGAAACAUAUAGUAACAUUUAAAAACGUGACACGGCAUCUUAAAAACGCAUCCCUUAUGUGCAAGACACUGCAAAAGAUGCGAGUGCAAUGGUUACACAUGUCUGUCUAGCGCGUUUACAUAGAAAAACAAUUGAAAGUAGCACAUUGGAAUGGAAAAACACAUUCUGUGUGAACAGCCCCUUAAGGGACCACUCCAUUUUAUAAUUUUCCAAACAUUAUGGGAACGUUACUUUUCUCUGAAUGUUCUGAAACAUGUAGUAACAUUUAAAAAAAGAUGAACAUUUAACUUGAACAAUUCAGAAAUGAAAAAUUUCAUGAACAAAGUAUAAGUAAUGUUUUUGCAUUUCAUAUUGUUUUGAGAACAUUAUUAAAGAUCAAAUAACUCUAAACAAAUAUUCUAUUAUUAUUAUUACGGGAAGAACAUUCGUUCAUAAUUUAAGAGAACCUUGCCAGAACAUUAGCCAAAGUUCUGAAAACGUUCACUGUUAGCUGGGAAUGAGCUUCUCAUGACUGUUGAAAUAUCAAGCUAAACUUGAUAUAGCCAAGUAGAGCAUGUUCCUUCAUCAACAUCCUCGCUUUGUUCUGGAAGAACAUUACUGUCAGCCAAUCAAAAUUUCAGAUUUUAAGUAUUUUAUUUAUAUCAACCAAUCAUUUCUCUCUGAUUUUAGAAUUUGGUCAAUGAUUGUUUAAUAUAAAUGUUCCAAGAGCAACAAGAGGCAUCUACUCUUCUAAUUUCCAGAUGUCAUCAAAAACAAAACAAAAUUUUAGACACAGGCGUGUUCAAGAGCAACAUAAACUUACUUCACAUGCACUGAUCAGCAAGCUGAAGUCUAUAAAACAAGCUCUUCAGUCUUGGAUUCUGCACCAAAGCAAUAAGUUUAGAAUAUGUCUGCUGGUUGGAGUCCACAGAUCAGUUUUUGGCAGACAGCAGCCCAAUUACACUCGUACAGCAGAACAGCGCCAUCGUGGCUGCGGCUUCACCAUCUUUGGACUGAAGUAAUUGGUGGUUCAGAAACGAGCUCAAGGUGAAUGUGAUCAGAUGAGAUUACGAGAAGGAGACGUGAUCUCUGAUUUCAGCAGGUGUGAGUUUAAUUAUGGUGUCAGUUGGCAGGAGGAUCGCCUGUGAUUCAUCAUCUAUUUUGGAGAAUAUGGAAACUCUGCUGAAGAUGUUUGGGCAUUGCUAGGCCUGCAUGAAAUCACUGCCCACAGAUUUCUGCAAAAUCCACUCAUUAUUUACAAAGCUUGCACCCUGGUGUGUUUGUUUACUUAAAAUGUUAGUUCAGCUCAGUUUGACAUACUUUCUAAAAUUAAAACCAUUUCAAAAAAUUCUCUUUUUUUUUUUUUGUUUGGCCACAAUUAACAAAAAUGAACGACAAAAAAAAAAAAAAAAAAAAAAAAAAAAAAAAAAAUAAAUAUGCAUAUUCUGUGUGGGCCUAAGCAUUGCUAAAAUAUUCAGGUCAUAUUUCACCUCUAAAAUCAAAAGGAAUAAAUAAGAAACCAUAUUUUAAAUGAAGAAAAUGAGGGACAUUGCUAACACAUUGUAACUUCAAAUUACUGUCAUUAAUUAGUACAUUUUACUUUUGAGAUUUUUGUCAUAAGUAUAAUAUAUUAUUAUAUAAAAAGAUUCUAAUUACAACACAUUAUUUUUUACUUUAUUACAGCAAAAAAUACUAAUUAAAAUUUAAAAUUAGCAUGAAAAAUAAUAAACAGCACAAUGUUUAUUGUUUAUAUUUAAAUUAAAAAUAUUAAAAAUUAAUAACUUAUUUUUAGCAUUAUUGGUAAGAGGAAAUUUGCUUAUCAUGAACAUUAAUUGUACAAAAUAUUACAAAUCUAAAUCGUGUUAAAUAAGCUUUAAGCAAAAUACAGUUUCUUAUUUUCCUUUUGAUUUUAUUUGACAUUUUGCGAAAUUCACCCAUGCUACAUAACUAUGACUAGGAUCCAGGAGAAGUGUUUUGAGAUUUUAAGUGCCACAUAAAGAGUGCACUAAUGGUGAUAUUUUCUGAUUGCUAGUCAUACUAAAUCAUUUGACUGAACUUGUAUCAGGGAUUGGCGUGCAACGGGUGGCUUUUAAACAACCUGUUGCCACCUCAAAGAGUCAUUCCUCGACCUUUAAUCAACAUCAUGGUCCAGGAAACUAGGAAAGUCAUCAUUCUCGUAAUUGGAUUCUCACCACUAUGGAAGCUUGAAUUGAAAGCCAAGAUUUGCUGUAAGUGAUUGCAACUCUCAAGUCACCACUGGAAAGCCGUUUCACGUACCAUAAAUUACAGUGUUUACCUAAAAAGUCCAAUGUCGCGCUCCUCCACAUCAGCAGUUGCCUUACUGUCAAUCUUCACCUGUUCGUACGGCUUUGUGGCUUUUACCUCGCAACAGGUGGUCUGGUAAAACACACACGAACACAACUUUCGUCAUUGUUUCACAAGUGGGUACUAUGUACAAAGUAGCAUUAUGUUAUACUUUGUCAAAUUUGUACAACACCUUGGAAAAAUAAACUUUUAGAAAGUUACAA